AUGUAUAAUCCUAGAAAAUAUCGAAUAUCAGUCACUUCAGUCGUACGAAAUUACACAAAUAAAACGUCAAUAAUAAUAACAACAACAGCAGCAACUACUAUAGCAUCGUCGAUCUCCACCAUAGACUUUUUGUAUACCACUGAUGAUAAUGUUGGUAAUAGUACGAAAGAAGCAUUUGUCACAUUUUCAAACAAUAAUCCCACUUAUUUAGCUCUUUUGAAUGUUAUGCUUGACUCUGUACAUCUCUUCUCUACACGACCGAUUAUUGCGUUUGGAAUUGAUGUUGAUUUAAUGGUUAAUUUAACAAAACAUCCACGUGUAAUCAAGCGUCGAAUAUCACAAAGUAAUUGUGGACCGUCAGUUUAUUUUUGUAAAAUUUUGGCCAUUGUCGAGAGUAAAGCUGACUACGGUGUUCUACUUGAAACAGAUGAUAUCGUCAAUUAUAAUGUUGACGCAUUAUUCGAUGUUUUACAUAAAUGGCCUUACGAUCUCCCUCUUUCGCCGAGACAUCCGGAUGAUCCUCAGAAUCAACAACCUUUCAUGAAACAAUUUGGCGUAGAAAAGAAGACUACACCCUACAUUCAUGCACAUAUUGCAUGGACCUUCAGAGCCUACCCAUUUUUACAUAAUGUUCAAAAACUGGUCAGAGAGGGACAUUUUGCUGGUGCCAAUUUUGACGAGACAGCCAUCAAUGUCAUGCUGUGGAAAGCGAAAGCGAAUCAUACAUUAUGUAAACUUGAUCCGUAUGUCUCGUACAUUACUGAAUAUGAAAAUCCAAAUGAAAACUGUACGAAAUAUUGUAAUACGGCAUUUAUUCUACUGCAUGGUUCGAAAGAUCCUGGAUUUUCAGCUCACGUGCUGAAACGUUUACAAGAAAGAGUUGGGCGCGCAGCAAUUCAAACGAAAUAUGGUCUGAGACACAUGAAUGAAAUAAAUGUCACGUGCUGCUAUGAUGAUAGUAAACCAUCAACAAUACAUCCUCUACUUUGUCUGCAUGAAAGUCAGUAA